AUGACCACAACAGCACAUAACUUUUUUCCAGGCUCAGUUGAGCAGGUUGAGUUAUGCACGCUGGAUCUUUCGUCCAUCGUUCCACUAUCGACUCUGCUCUCCCCCAUGAACGAAAGCGAUCGUCUGCACAAGCACCAGACACACGCGGAUCCCGGUCCUUCGACCCCCCUGCCAGUGUGA